CAGACUUCCGGGGUAAUUGGCGCCCAUGUGCAAGUGUUAUCGCUUCAAUCAAUUCAUUUUAAUAAUUAUUAUUCAAUAGAUACUUACACUUACUAUUAUUGAGCUUUUAUUGUAUGGAAAUAUGUACAAACAUCGACAGCAAAGUAAUACAUUUACGAGCACUUUCAUGAACAUAUCCACAUAUUGGGUUUGUUGGAUUUGUUCAAAUGUGCUACUUUUUGCUAAGUCCUGAACAGAGCCUACUGUUGUUCCGUCCGCUUGCGACGUCCCGGAACUAAAACCACUUGCACCUCACUACCUCUCCAUAGGCCCUUGGGUUUGUUAUAGCGCACCGGCAGCUAGCUAUUGUGCUAAUCCAGCUACCGCGGGGUUAGAAAGAUUUUCACACUCGAAGGCCAACUUUCAGCCACUUUGGUAGUUGAAGAGAUUUUUUUUCUGGGUCAAUCCAAUUCAGCCCCACGAUGUCCUUCCCCCCACAUUUAAACCGGCCACUGUUGCCCCCUCCUGGAAUCCCCCCUCAGUAUGCUGGCUUCCCUGCAGGAGCUCCGAUGAUCCCAGUUCACAUGGGCAUCAUGACCCCCAGCCCUGUAAUUGUAUCGUCUCUACCUGUGGUCAGUAAACCUCCAGUCCAUCGGAAGGAUGACGAGGCCGGCCCCACAACCACGGUGUUUGUGGGGAACAUAUCUGAAAAAGCCUCAGACAUGCUGAUCCGACAGCUGCUCGCGAAGUGUGGAAUAGUCCUCAGCUGGAAAAGAGUUCAGGGAGCAUCAGGCAAGCUACAAGCAUUUGGGUUUUGCGAGUACAAAGAACCAGAGUCCACACUACGAGCCCUGCGGCUUCUUCAUGACCUUUCAAUUGGCGACAAAAACCUUCUUGUGAGAGUGGAUCCCAAAACAGAAGCACAGUUAGAUGAGUGGAAGGCCAAGAAAAAAAGUGCUAAUGGGAAAGCGGACUCAGACAAUGGAGACAGUCAAGAGGAGGUUCUGGAUGAGGAGACACUGAAGAAGGAUCAGGUCGUCAAAGGUGCGAUUGAUGGAUUAAUGCGGGAAUAUGCUGACGAGCUCAGCGCUCCUUCCCAGGAUGAAGAUGCCCUGCGUCGAAAGAGAAAAAAGGAUAAAAAGGACGAGGAUGACUUGAAUGCAAUCGACAUGGAGGACGACAAGCGAGACCUUAUUACCAGAGAGAUUAGUAAAUUUCGAGACACUCACAAGAAACGGGAGGAGGAGAAGGACAAGCGGGAGAAGGAGCGUCUGGAGUUUGAGCGAGAGAAGCGCGAGCGAGAGAAGGUGCGCGAGCGCGAAAGAGAGCGGCGGGAUCGCGAGAAGGAGAAGGAGCGCGAGAGGGAGCGGGAACGGGAGCGCGAACGAGACAAAGACCGCGAGCGCCGGAUCAAGGAACGCGAGCGUGACUGGGAAAGGGACAGAAGCCGGGAUAAAAGUGCCCCUCGCAGCCACUCAAGAGAGAAGAGCCGGGACCGAGAGCGAGAAAAGAAACGAGACCACGGCGAUGAAGAGCAGGUGCACGAACGACGGAGGCUGGAACGUAAGCUCCGAGACAAAGAAGCAGCCUAUCAGGAGCGGCUAAAAAACUGGGAGCUCAGGGAGAGGAAGAAAGCACGGGACUACGCCAAAGAUCUCGAGAGGGAAGAUGAGCGCCAACGAGAGAUGGAGACUUUUCAGCACGGGGGGGAGCGCUCAGACCGUCACACCAGUCCUCAGAACCGUGAGCCCAACGCGCCCUCUUUUGCAUUCAUUUCCCUGAAUUGUGAUCCCACGUGGUACGCUGAUCCUGCACAUUAUAUGAAAGAAGGCAAACGGCUAAAAGAGUUCCUGGAAGAUUACGACGACGACAGAGAUGACCCCAAAUAUUACAGGGGCAGUGCACUGCAGAAGCGCCUCAGAGACAGAGAGAAGGAGGUGGAGGUGGAUGAGCGUGACAGGAAGAGAGAGAAGGAGGAGCUGGAGAAAAUCAGACAGCGGCUGCUAGACGAGGGACAUCCAGACCCAGACGCGGAGCUACGCAGGAUGGAGGAGGAAGAGGAGGAGCGAGCGCGGCGGCCCCCCGCCGUCCGAGAAGCGCAACCCGAAGAGCCGCGGGAGCAGCGCCGCAGGGCGUCGCGGGACCACAGAGGCGACCACCGGGACCAUCGAGAAAACCACAGCGGGCACCAAGACCGAGCGGAGCAUCGUCUGCACCCCGCCCGCUCGGAGGACGAGGACGCGGAGGAGGGCGAAGACGGCGGUUACGAUGAGGAAGACGACCCCGAAGUCAAACCCUGCCUCAAGCCCACCAUGAGGCCCAUCACGGCGGCCCCCUCCGUGUCUUCGGCCAGCGGCAACGGCUCUCCGGACACGCCCGGCAACGAGUCGCCGUGCGGCAUCAUCAUCCCGCACGAGAACUCGCCCCCUGACGCGCUGCCCCCAGACGAGAACCGACCAAAGAUUGGCCUCAGCCUCAAAUUGGGCGCGACCGGGAGUCCGAGCCAGCCCAACGCGGGCAAGAGGAAGAAGCUGCCCGUCGACAGCGUCUUCGGCAAGUUCGAGGAGGAGGAGGCGGACGAGCAGCCGCGCAAGAGGAAGCUGGUGCCCCUGGACUACGACGACGAGAAGAGCCUGGGGGCGGACGGCGCCAAGGGGCCCAACUCGGAGGAGAAGCGCAAACACAUCAAGAGCCUCAUCGAGAAGAUUCCCACAGCCAAGCCCGACUUGUUCUCCUACCCUCUGGAUUGGUCCAUGGUGGACACGACGCUAAUGGAACGACGCGUGCGGCCGUGGAUCAACAAGAAGAUCAUCGAGUACAUUGGAGAGGAGGAGCCCACAUUAGUGGACUUCGUCUGCUCCAAGGUGAUGGCCCACGGAACCCCGCAGGGCAUCUUGGAUGACGUUGCGAUGGUUCUGGAUGAAGAGGCCGAAGUCUUCAUUGUGAAGAUGUGGCGGUUGCUCAUCUAUGAAACAGAAGCCAAGAAGAUUGGCCUGGUAAAAUAGGUGCACUUAAAUAUGACUUUUUUUUUUUUUUUUCUUCCUUCUAACGUGUACUAGAUUUAGGAGAGUUUUUGUCAUGACUUAAACCCGCCGGUAACCAUUUUGUUGUAAAUAAUCAUUCAUGCUUUAGUCAGUUAUUUGCUUCCAGGACCGUGUACGUGUUUUUAAAAUUCGGCUUACGUGAUUUUUUUUUUUUGUGUGUGUGUGUGUGUGGGGAAGUUAACGGAGAGCAGAGUUGCCUCCGCCGUGCUGUGUACGCGGGUCGCUUUCGAUUUGCGUGCGCGUCCGGGACAGGAAACGAUUGAUUCCAUCAUCUCUCGUUAAAAACCUCGAGCGACAGGAAAACGCUACAGUGACGGUACUCCCCAUUGUUUCUUUUGUAUCGACGAACAUUUCAAUAAAAAUUGUUUUGUAAUA